GGCUGCUCGAGGGUGCGCGUAGCGGAGCAUGACCCGAACGGGACACCGCAGACCCUGCCUCACAGCCACAUUGCCGGCCAGAGGGUCGUCUCGGCGAUUGGAGAGCCCCCAGCGCAGGCCAGGAUGUUCGUCUUGGUGGAGAUGGUGGACACGGUGCGGAUCCCCCCGUGGCAGUUUGAGAGGAAGCUUAACGACUCCAUUGCCGAGGAGCUGAAUAAGAAGUUGGCCAACAAGGUUGUCUACAACGUGGGACUCUGCAUCUGUCUGUUCGAUAUCACCAAGCUGGAGGACGCCUACGUGUUUCCCGGGGAUGGCGCGUCGCACACCAAAGUGCAUUUCCGCUAUGUGGUGUUCCAUCCGUUCCUGGAUGAGAUUCUGAUCGGAAAGAUCAAAGGCUGCAGCCCCGAGGGAGUGCACGUCUCUCUGGGGUUCUUUGACGACAUCCUCAUUCCCCCGGAAUCUCUGCAGCAGCCAGCCAAGUUCGACGAUGCAGAGCAGGUGUGGGUGUGGGAGUACGAGACGGAGGAAGGAGCACACGACCUGUACAUGGACAUGGGCGAGGAGAUCCGCUUCCGGGUGGUGGACGAGAGCUUUGUGGACACGUCCCCCACCGGGCCCAGCUCUGCCGAGGCCACCUCUGCCAGCGAGGAGCUGCCCAAGAAGGAGGCCCCGUACACGCUUAUGGGAUCCAUUAGUGAGCCGGGCCUGGGCCUUCUCUCCUGGUGGACCAGCAGCUAACCCUGGGCCUUGACGGGGGACCAGCCUGGUCUGCAGACCCCACCCCGACCUCUGGAAGGUGCCUGGAGACAGCAGCAGCCUCAGAAUGCCAAGGAGCAGAGUAUGUGUGGCAGGGCCUGCCGGGCGGGACCAGCUCUCUCCUUCCCUGCCCCCCGGCCUGCUCAUCUCUUUGGAAGUCCUGCUCUCAGUGACAGCAAAGACAUUCAAUAAACAGUGACAGCAGCAGUU